AUGCGAAGGACUCUUCGAAGAUCUUGCGCUGCUUGUGCAAAAGCCAAGCACAAAUGUGAUCUUCACAACCCGAGAUGCUCAAGAUGCAUAUCUAGAAAACUGCAAUGUGUUUAUGCGAAUGAGCCAAUUUCUUCUCCUGGGUCAUCAACGUUAGCCGUACCAUCGAUAAAUCAGAGUAGCGGGAGCUCCAAUUCAAAACUGUCCACCUUUUCAGUUACGAUCGGCUCCAAUUCUUUCGACCCAUUUGACAGCUACCCGCCGACAAGCCUUCCACGAUCUCGGGUCCAAAAUUUGAUCGUACAUUUUCUCUCAAAAAUUGCCUUCCAGUACUACCCACUGGAUCUCAAUCCCAACUCCAAUCCUUUCAUCAACUCAUGGUGGCCGCUAGCUCUCGCAGAUCCGGCACUGUUCAAUGUCUCUCUCCAAACUGCAUCACUGGAUACUGAGCUGCAUGCUCAGAAAGGCUUUCAUCAGUCGGCGAUACUGAUGAACGAUGCUGUGUCUCUGAUUCGGCACAAGAUUGAUGACCCGACUUUGGCUUUUCAAGAUGCCACAAUGGAUGCAGUAGUCACGUUGGCUGCGAUUGAGCACGGCAAGGGAAAUAUUCAGGAAUGCCAAAUGCAUAUCGAUGCUGUCAAACGGAUGGUGGCUGUUAGAGGUGGGAUUGCUGCCGUGAAGCAAAGCAGUCCAUUGACAGCAAGAAUGGUUCCUUGGGUAUCGAUGCUCGUCACUGGCUCCCCUCAAUUCGAUGUACAAGACGACUACGGUAAUGGGGGCGGAAUCGCGCCCAUCGACCAGUGGAUACCUGCUCUACAACCAGAAACCAAUCCGGAUGUUCGCGGACUUCUUGAUUUAGGCAUCGAUCCCAGCUUAAGAGACAUCCUCAUUAGGCUUCAGAUUAUCCUCAAUCCGACUGCGGGCUCCAAAACAUCAAACGACCUCAGCACCAACGACCUCCACGAUUUGACAUGCUAUGUCCUGCAUAGAUUGCUACGGCCAUCUUCAACUGAACUUGUACCCCGGUCAGAAUCCCUCCGUUAUGCGCUCGCUAUCUAUAUGUUCGUCAUCCACGGACCGACAUAUUAUUCUCACAUGGCGAUACUGCAUCAAAUUGUUAUACAGCUUCGCAGCCAUCUUCAAGCCGCCAUGAUCUCCAACAAUAUCAACUCGUCAUUGCUUACAUGGUGCUUGUCGGUCGGGAUGUCAGCUUCCUUCGGUACAGGAGCCCACCACUGGUUCAUGGCCUCCGCCGCGACACUUUCCAGGUCUCAGGGCCUCGAGAAUUGGGGUAGCGUCGAAUUCUGUCUCCGUUGCAUCUUAAUAUUGGACGCACGAUCGAAGAUAAUGUUCCAAGCGUCGUGGCAGCCAAUCUUUGAUUCAUCUGCCCCAUCGGAGGAACCCCCAGGGAAUCCCAAUCACACCACAGCACUCAAAACCCUGCUGAAUCACGAAAGUUACGAGAACGGCACGAAGUAG